UAGUACCCCCUUUGGAUCCAUAGAUGGGUACACAGUAGUAUUUCCUUAGUCCGUGCAUGGUCCAUGUAGCCAUUCGCGCUGUCUGGGAUCAUUUUCUAGUACUAUACCUCGCAAGGUAGUAGUGUGAUACCAUUCCAUCAGCAUGGUUACGGUUGUGGAAACGAAACACCCGGUGGUCCUUCUGGCUGUGGUCUUCAUAUUGGUGGGUGUGAUAGUCGGCGUAAAGGGAGGAAUUUUACCUGAAGUUGAAAAGAGGGAAGCAGAUGACGUCAAGCAGCCGUGGGAGUCGACGCGGCUACCUGAGACACUGCGACCCAUCUCCUAUGAUCUCAAAGUCAGAACCGAUCUGACUAACUCAAUCUUCACCGGUUCCGUCAGUGUCUUGGUAGAAUGCUUGCAAGACACUAACGUCAUACUGAUUCACAGUAAGGAACUAGUCAUCGGUGAAGGGAAGACAACCUUGACACGGCAAGGCAGCGGGACCAAAGCUCCUGAGUUGGCUAAAGAUCCGUGGCUGUAUACAGAUAACCAGUUUGCUGUGAUCGAACUGAAUGGCGAGCUGGAUAAAGGAGCACAAUAUCGGCUGUACAUGGAGUUUCAAGGACCGUUGAAGAAUGACUUACUGGGCUACUACAAGAUGUCCUACAAGACUGCCUCUGGAGAGGAAAAGUAUCUGACGAGUACCUUCUUUGAUCCGGUGGACGCCCGUAAGGCUUUCCCAUGUUUUGAUGAGCCUGAUCUCAAAGCUACCUUCACUAUCAACCUUGAGCAUGAGCCUGAGUACCACGCCCUCUCCAACAUGCCCAAAAGACGUCCAGAUGAACAACUUGAAGUUGGAUGGAUUAGAGCGACUUUCGAAGAGACCGUUGUCAUGCCAACGUAUCUCGUUUGCUAUGUCAUCAGUGAGUUCAAGGCAAAGUUCAAAAACACGACUAAUGGCGUCAAAUUCGGCAUAUGGGCCCGGGAAGAUUUCAUCGAUCAAGUGGACUAUGCGCUCGAUAAAGGGGCGGCCAUGUUGGAUUACUUUGAUGCCUUGUUUGGAGAUGAGAAUAAAUAUCCUCUGCCUAAAAUGGAUAUGAUUGCCUUGCCGGAGUUCAUGAUUGGUGCCAUGGAGAACUGGGGAUUGAAUACAUACAAAGAGAGGGAGCUGUUGUACAAGGAAGGAGAGACAUCAGAAAAACAGAAGUAUCGAAUCUGUACACUAAUUGCUCACGAGUUAGCCCAUCAGUGGUUUGGAAACUUAGUGACGACAAAGUGGUGGGACUCCGUUUGGCUGAAUGAAGGUUUUGCCAGCUAUGUUGAGUAUGAAGGAGCUGAAUUUGCAGAGCCAGAAUGGGAAGUGUUUGACAAGUUUAUUUUGUAUGAUCUUCAUCCUUCCAUGGCAAUGGAUGCACAAGUUACCUCACGACCAAUGGUUACCGACGUCUUGACACCCUCGGAGAACAUCAUGAUGUUUGAUAAGAUCACUUAUCUGAAGGGUGCCUGCAUUCUGCGUAUGAUGAAAUAUUUCUUAGAAGAGCCAAAUUUCAGAAAAGGACUCCAGUACUACCUGAAAGCAUUGCAAUAUGGUAAUGCAGAAAACAGUGAUGUGUGGGUUUACAUGGACAAGGCAUUGCAAGAAGACAGUGUAGAUCUUGGUGAGGGACUUGAUGUAGCAACCAUUAUGGCAACCUGGACACUUCAGAUGGGCUUUCCAUUCAUCACAGUAGAGAGAAGCUACAACGGUGCUCAUGAAGUCACAGCUAGAGUGGAGCAGAAACGCUUCCUGUCUGAUCCUAACUCAAACAUGUCUACAGACUACCCAGAUGUGGGUUACAAGUGGUACGUGCCGUUGACUUACACAAGUGCAAGCAGCGCUGAUUUUGAUUCACCAAGAAGCAUGUGGCUCCAACCACAAGAUGAGUUUGUUACCUUACAGAUUCCUGGAGGCAGUGACGAUGAAUGGUUGCUAGUAAACGUCGAAAAGCGAGGAUAUUACCGUGUCAACUAUGAUGACAGGAACUGGGAGUUACUCAAGGUUCAACUGGACACUGAACACACAGUGAUUCCGACAGCGAGUCGAGCCUCUCUCAUCGGUGAUGUCUUCAGUCUGGCAACAGCAGGAGAGAUCAACCACCGUACUGCCCUGGAUAUGACCAGCUACUUGAAGGCCGAAAGAGACUACGUCCCUUGGUAUGCUGCUGACCAUGCCUUGGGAAUGAUCAAAAGAAACAUUCGAAGGAGAGGGGUUUCUGCUAACUUCAAGAAAUACAUGAGAGGACAGGUCAGCCUGCUGUAUGAAUAUAUUGGAUGGAAUAAUGAAGGGGACCAUCUAAAUAGAAUGAGUCGUGGACUUGCUGUCAGUAUGGCAUGUCGCUAUGGCAACGUAGAUUGUCGACACACAGCAGUGAACCUGUAUGCAGAGUUGAUGGAAAACGGAGAUCAAACCUUAAUCUCACCAGAUAUGCUAGGUACUGUGUUCUGUACAGCUAUUGCAGCAGGAGGUUCAGAUGAGUGGUACUUUGCCUUUCAUCUCUACCAGAACCCUAACACAAGUACCUCAGUCAAGCAAGCAUUGCUGACAGCCAUGGCAUGCACCAGUAAAUCAUGGAUUCUAAGACAGUACCUAGACAGUAUCUUGAACAGUAGUAUCAUCCGAAUGCAAGAUGGACCAACCGUCUUAAAAGCAGUCGCUGGUAAUCCUUUUGGCUUACCACUGGCCUGGGAUUUCUUCCGAGCAAACUGGGACUUCAUACGAGCUGCGUAUGGUGACAUCGUGUUUGUCCUUGAUUCACUCAUCGGUAGUCUUCUGUCCAACUUCAACACGGAGUUCGAACUACAAAUGGUGAAGCAGUUUAUUGCAGACCACCCAGAUCAAGGCUCAGGUGCACGACCAUUUGCUGAAGCUGUAGCUGUCAUUGAGGCUAACAUCCGAUGGAUCAACCUAUACUACAAAGACGUAGCGGAUUGGCUGAAAGAAGCUGUCAAGGAACCAUGGGAAAAGAGUCGUCUACCAGAUACCAUCCUGCCGAUCUCAUACGACGUCAAGGUCCGAACAGACCUAACCAACUUUGUCUUCAAUGGGUCUGUGGAUGUCUUAAUUGAGUGUCUCAAAAGGACAUACAUCAUUCUCUUACAUAGUGGUGGCUUAACCAUCCCUGACAACACAGCUACACUAACGCAGCAGGAUGGUGGACAAGCCCCAAGAUUCAAGUCUCCACCAUGGCGGUAUUAUUACAACGAUUAUCUAGUGAUGGAGCUAGACUCUCUCCUUGAAGCAGGCACUAAGUACUGGCUGCAUCUUGACUUUACGAGCUUCUUGAUUGAUGGCUAUAUUGGUUAUUACUUGAGUAGCUACGUCCUGAAAUCUGGUGAGACAAGGUACAUGGCAAGUACGACAUUUGCUCCAAGCGGAGCUCGGGAGGCUUUCCCAUGUUUUGAUGAACCUGACAUGAAAGCUACCUUUACUAUCACCAUGGAGCACCAACCCCAAUACCAUGCCUUAGCCAACAUGCCCAAGAGUCGUCCUGAUGAGGAAAUUGAAGGUGGUUGGAGAAAAGCAACCUUUGAGAAGAGUGUUGUCAUGUCAACGUACCUCGUCUGCUAUGCCGUCAGCGACUUCAAGGCCAAGUUUAUGACCACUCAGAAUGGUGUAGAGUUAGGAGUUUGGGCCCAGGGAGAUCUCAUCAACCAAACUGACUAUGCUCUUCAGAAGGGAGUGGAAAUUCUAGACUACUUCGAUGACUUGUUUGGAAUGGAUGUCAAGUAUCCAAUAGCUAAACUGGACAUGAUUGCUCUGCCAGAAAUGCUUUAUCAAGCCAUGGAGAAUUGGGGUCUGAUAACAUAUGCAAAGACUAAUCUCUUGUAUGAGGAGGGAGUGUCAUCUGAACGUCGGAAAGAAAGAGUGUGCACUUUCAUUGCUCAUGAGUUAGCACAUCAGUGGUUUGGUAACCUAGUGACAGCCAAAUGGUGGGAUUAUACGUGGUUGAAUGAGGGCGUCGCUAGGUGGUUGGAGUAUGUUGGAGCCGCGUAUGCAGAACCAGACUGGGAAUUGUGGGACAAGUUUGUUGUUUCUGAGGUUCAUAAAGCGAUGGAAACUGAUGCAUUGCCUACAUCACGGCCUAUUGUCAUCAAAAGGGCAAGAUAUGGAAUUGGAGACGCGUUCCCUUUCUUAAUUUACACAAAGGGUUCAUCACUGAUGCGUAUGGCAAACAAUUUCGUUGGUCAAGACACAUUCUUCAGAGGCCUUAAGUCAUACCUCAGAGCUCUGCAGUAUGGCAAUGCUGAGAACAGUGACAUGUGGUAUCAUGUAAACAAGGCAACGAAAGAGGAUGGUGUUGAUCUUGGAGAUGGAAUAACUGACAUAGCAACGGUCAUGGACUCAUGGACCAAUCAGAUGGGCUUUCCAGUCGUCAUGAUAACGAGGACAUACUCUGGACAAGCCAAUAAGAUCACUGCUUCAGCUACACAGAAGCGAUACCUGGCAGACCAAUUAGCAGACACGACGUCACCAUACCCAGACCUUGGAUACGUAUGGCACAUUCCCUUGACUUUAACCGGUGGAGCUAAUCCCAACUUGGCUAAUCCUGAGCUCCGUUGGAUGAGACCUGAAGAUCAAACCACGGAAGUUGUCCUGCAUGGUGCUGGUGGUGACAGCAACUGGUUUUUGGUCAACGUUAAUCAGACAGGAUUUUACAGGGUCAACUAUGAUGAGACAAACUGGGCCUUACUUAGUGCACAGCUACAGGCAGACCACACGGUGAUUCCCAUAUCGAGUCGUUCAGCCCUCCUCUACGACGCCUUCAGCUUGGCCAGGGUUGGGGAUCUUAGCCAGACCAAAGCAUUGGAUCUGACAUCUUACUUGGACGUGGAAAAAGACUAUGUUCCCUGGGUUGCUUUUAAAGGAGUUGUGGAGUAUGUCAGUGACAAUUUGGCCUUGGAGGAUGCUAAUGAGAAGUUUACGGAGUAUGUGAGGAGUAAAGUCAGCCCGAUGUAUGAGUACGUAGGCUGGGAAGAUGGAGGAGAUGAUGAUGAUCAUCACAAGCGGUUGGCUCGAGUGCAAAUCAUUGAUAUGGCUUGUAAGUACGGCAAUGAGCACUGUGUGAGUAGAGCUGCCAGGAUGUAUGCAGAUUGGAUGACGACCGAUAAAACAACCACUACGAUUGCAUCCAAUCUUCAAGAGACAGUGUUCUGCACAGCCAUCGCUGCAGGUGGACAGAAAGAAUGGGACGCAGCCUACUCAGCUUAUAAUGAUCCUAACAUCGACAGCUCCCUCAGGGAUAUAUUGGUAGUGGCCAUGGGAUGCAGCCAGAACAGAGAGAUCUUGGAAACAUAUCUGCGGACAGUUCUGAAUUUCACCCUAAUGCAAAGUAGGGAUGGUCAAUACGUUAUCUCAGCCAUUGCUGGUAAUCCAGUCGGAAGGACCAUGGCGUGGAAACUUGUUGCAACUGAAUGGAACUUCUUUAAGACUAUGUAUGGACUUGAAGUGGUUAAUAUGGUGACUUCAGACUUGAACACCGAGGCUCAGCUUGAGAAGGUGAAGAAAUUCCAAGCAGACCAUUCUGAAGAAGGGAGGGAUGUAUAUGACGCAUUCGCCAAAGCAAUCACUGUAAUAAGAGCUAAUGUCCGAUGGAUGGAUGGAAACUAUAACGAUGUCGCUAAUUGGCUCAAGAAGGUUGUGUAUUAGGGUCUAUAACUCAGUCAACCUGAGCAUUAACAUGAGGAAAAAACAUUUGUAGACGAAUGCGUUUUAAAAGCGGAAAGUAAAAUACACUUAAGCGGAAAAUCCACUGAUAUUAACCUAUUGCGGGAGAAUUGCGUCAACGCAGCUUGUGAAAUAUUGUCCAAUUUACAUGAUAUAGAGAUGGGCGCGUGACGCGCAAAAUCUGAGACAAAACUUCAGGUACAAAAUUCCAUAGGGUUGUCUAAGGGGCGUGGCUAACUCGCAAACGGCGAUAGGUCAAUUGAGCGAAUGUUUAAAGAAAAAAAGAACGUUUAAAACCAUUCCGAUUUGUUUUCCCCCUGGCCAGGAGGAUAUUGCUAUCGCGUAUUCCUUCUGUGUGUCUGUAUGCGCGUUUGUUUAUGGUGUAAAUCGAGGACACACACGUGCAACAUCAUCGGUGAAUCGAGGUCAGAAACCAAUCGAGGACGAACUCGAUUAGAAAACAUGCACAAAACCAAUGAGAGCUGUUGCGAAAAGUUGGUGUACAAACAAAGGAAAAGGGAAGAGGAACAAAAGAAAAUCCUCGAUUUACACCAUAAACAAACGUGCGUGUUCUUUUAGUGUCCGUGUGUGUAUGUUCCAGUUCACUGUAUCGGUCAUCAAUCUCAACCAAACCCGAAAGGUGGUCUGUGGAGAGAAGCUCGAUGUCAAAAAAAUACUUUCCAAUAUGAAUAUUUACGAGGUCUCUGGAGAGCUCAGUUCAGUAUGACUCUAUAAUAAUGGUCCUUUCCACACUAAAGGGGUACAAAAGUGUGACAUGGGAUUGGGAAAUGAAGCAGGAUAAUAAUACAAAGUUGUUUGUCCUAUUUUCCAAUUGUACAUUCCCACCCCAUUGUUGAGGAUUUUGCUUUUAAAGAAUUUAUGACAUCCAAGGCAAAUUUCACAAGAUACUUAUAUGCUCGCAGUGCUACGUGCGUUACAUGGACAGACAGUUUGCGAAGGUGGAUGGUGCAAGUUUUACUUGCAGUAUUUUUUAAAUGAGGGAGAUGAUAACAUUUGCAUGUUCUAUUAAACCCUUGUAGAACCCUUCUCUCAGAAAAGUUAUUAGUGAAACAGUCGCUGUUUGAUCACAUCGGUGGUUUUCGAGGUCUGUAGAGUUGUUUAUGAUUUCAUUUAUAUCUUACUAUUUUGAAGUGUGUUUUGCUAGUUUUUUGUUAUGUCUGAUAGUGGUUGCAGUUAGAUUUGUAAUCGUUUUAUUCAAAUAUUAUGCUGUUUAAAUGUACCUUGUAUUAUUCAGACGUUUUCUAAUCAAAGUGUUAGUUUCAAAGUGUUAGAAAAGCGUUUUCCAUACCAACAAACGUAUGCGGAUGUGACAUGUU